GGAUGUAGCUACAGCACAAUGAGAUAUCUGAUUAGUGCCGCUCUUCUGUUUAUGACUUUGAUUCUAAAAUACUGUUCUCUGAAGACGACCUAAACUGAAGGACAAAGACGUUUAGAGGUGAAAUGCGUAUAUACGUUUCACCAAAGGUGCUUCUUGGUCACCUUCGUGUCGUCUUCUUGCCUUCUUUUAAACAGAUGAAAUGGGAUGAAUGUGGUCACUUGAUCAGAUUCAGAUCGAGGAGGACAUCUUAAACCUAUUUUGGGAGCAUGUCCCCAUACAGACGUAUCCUGUAUUGCAGAAAUAGGAAAAGCGAGCAGAAGCUAAGACACACACAUACCAAUUGGAUUACAAGCUAUUCUACAGCGAGGACCCAAGGAGGAUAAGCCUGUCUCUAAUGUGCCGAGAUGACAGUGCCAGUGGUGAACCUUUCUUUUGCUGCGUGUGGAUUCCUGGGUAUCUACCAACUGGGCGCAUGUGGAGCCAUCCUGAGACACGGAGACAAGCUGAUGAGCUCUCUCAGGGCAUGUGCCGGGGCAUCUGCUGGAGCUCUGGUGGCUGCAGUGAUGGUCACUGCUCCAGACAAACUACAGAGUGUCAAAGAGUUUACCUUCAGAUUUGCGAAAGAUGUCAGAAGCCAGAGGUUUGGAGCUGUGACUCCUGGAUAUAACUUCAUGCUUACACUCAGGGAGGGAAUCGAGGAGUUUCUGCCUGGCAAUGCCCACAUUAAAGCAGGCAAUCGCCUUCACAUCUCUAUAACACAUUCAAAAAGUGGCAAGAACACCAUCGUGUCCAGCUUUGCCUCCAGGGAGGACCUCAUAAAGGCACUCUUGGCCAGUAGUUUUGUGCCCGUCUAUGCUGGAAUCAAACCGGUGGAAUGGCAAGGACAGAAAUGGAUUGACGGGGGAUUCACGGAUAGUCUCCCCAUCCUGCCAGAGGGACGUACCAUCACAGUCUCCCCCUUCGCAGGUCCCCAAGACAUCUGCCCAAAACACAGAGGGCUCAUGAACCUCCACCUCAAACUGGCCAACAUGGACGUAAUGUUUUCCAAAGAGAACAUCAUCAGGUUAAACCAGUCCUUAUUCCCUCCGUUAGAGGAAAGGAUGAACCAGUAUUGUAAAGAGGGUCAUGACGAUGCAGUGAGGUUUCUGAAGAACGAAAACUGGAUCCAGUAGUGUUGUAUUUCAAUUGAGUAUUCUUUUUAUUAUAGUGUUUUUUCUUGUAAUUAUGGUGUAAUCACAUUAUUUAUUUUAGAUUUUAAAGUGUGUAAAAUAAAAAAAAAUACAAUAAUUCAAGUAAAAUGUAUCAU